UAUUUGUUAGUUAUAAGUACAUGAUAAUUUAGAGGCAGAGAUAUGUUGUAUCUAUACUUAUUAGCAGUGUUUGUUACUCUAACAGAGGGGGUUUACCAUCCUCACCCAGGGGCUCGUUUCCAAUGGCAACUGGAAGUUGAUGAUGACAACCCAAUGGUUUACAGCAUGCAUGCGGAUAUGUAUGAUGCUGACCUUUGGGCACUUACGCCACAGGACAUAUCUGCAAUACACGCGAAAGGAGGGAAAGUGAUAUGUUAUUUCUCGGCUGGGUCCUACGACAAAAACCGCCCUGAUGCUCAUCUAUUCCAUAGCAGUGACAUUGGUAACAAAAUGCAUGGCUGGGAUGAAUACUGGAUUGAUAUAACAUCGAGCAACGUGAAGAGUAUAAUGCUGAAGCGUAUGGACCUGGCUAAACGCAAGCAUUGUGAUGGUAUUGAGCCAGACAAUGUUGAUGGGCAUGAGGCAGGGAACGCACACUUUGCUUUCGGUUACCAGGACCAACUCAUAUACAACAGGUGGCUUGCAGAUCAAGCCCAUGCACGUGACCUGUCCAUUGGAUUGAAAAAUGAUGCUGAACAAAUCAAAGAACUUCAUUCCUGGUUUGACUGGGCGCUGAAUGAAGAAUGCCAUGAAAAUGAUGGUGGUAGGGAGUGUUUGCUGUAUCAGCCAUUCCUGGAUGAGGGCAAGGCUGUUUUCAACAUAGAGUAUGUCAACAGCAAACAUCUGUCUUCACAUGACAAAAGCAAAUGUACGUCACAUCAUCCUCAAGGAAUGAGCACACAGUUCAAACUGUGGGACAUCACUGACUGGGUGUACCACUGCCCUCACCAGUAACACCACUACUAAACUGACUGCACACAUUAUCUGAUUUAAUAAAUUAUUUUGUUAGAGGUAUAGUUUGGUAACCUUUUUACCAUGAAAUUGCUAAUGCUCAUACAAGACAAAUGUAAAUAACAGUUAAAACAUACAAUAUCUUUCAAAUCUUUGGAGUAAAAAGAAAAAAUUUCUUAUCUAGUGCAAUUGCGAUAAAUUGCUCUGAAGGUAUUACUGGCAAGAAUUGAAAUUAUUAGGUAAUUUGCCCUAGUUCGUUAAUGUGCAGCCUGCAAAAGUAGUAAACCAAGUGCUGUGAAAAAUGUAAUAGAUGUCCUUAUAUUUGAUACAAUUGAAAUUUUCUUACUUUUGACAGCAUAUAUUCUAAUAAACACUAAAUAAAUCA